CUCUGGCUCCUCAACUUUAUUAUCUGGAAAAAGGAUUUCCCUUUAGUACCCUUGAUAUCUCUGGUUACAACUUUUAACAAUGGAUAAGAAAGAUAACAAAGUUUUGGGACAUUUGAUAUGUGGGAUUCUUGCCGUUUUCAGUGUUUGUGACGUAAAAGCAGAUGACCCAUAUCGGUACUACACUUGGACCGUCACAUACGGGACUAUUUCUCCACUUGGUGUUCCUCAACAGGUAAUUCUUAUCAAUGGUCAGUUUCCUGGGCCGAGUCUUGAAGUUGUGACGAAUAACAAUAUCAUCCUUAACCUCAUUAACAAGCUCGACCAACCUUUUCUCUUAACCUGGAAUGGGAUUAAGCAGAGGAAGAACUCGUGGCAAGAUGGAGUUUCAGGAACCAAUUGCCCCAUCCCACCAAACUCAAACUACACCUACAAGUUCCAAGCCAAAGAUCAAAUUGGUACCUUCACAUAUUUCCCAUCAACUCUAUUCCACAAAGCUGCUGGAGGGUUUGGAGCCUUCAACAUCUAUCAGAGACCGCGAAUUCCAAUCCCUUAUUCGUGGCCAGAUGGAGAUUUUACUUUGCUUAUUGGUGAUUGGUACAAGACCAGCCACAAGGCAUUACAAGGGUCUUUGGACUCAGGAAAAUCUCUUCCUUUUCCUGAUGGAAUCCUCAUAAAUGGCCAGGUUACAACCACUUUCACUGGUGAUCAAGGCAAGACAUACAAGUUUAGGGUCUCAAACGUGGGCUUUUCAACCUCAUUCAACUUUAGGAUUCAGAACCACACAAUGAAGUUAGUCGAGGUUGAAGGAUCGCACACUAUUCAGAACGUAUACGACUCUCUGGAUGUCCAUGUUGGGCAAUCUGUAGCCGUCUUGGUUACCUUAAAUCAGGCUCCAAAAGACUACUACAUUGUUGCCUCCACAAGAUUUAGCAGGAGUGUUCUUACAGCCGAGGCGAUUCUGCAUUACUCAAACUCUCACACCCCGGCUUCUGGUCCCUUGCCUGCUCCUCCUAAAUACGGAUUACACUGGUCUAUGUUGCAAGCCAGAACCUUCAGGUGGAAUUUGACAGCAAAUGCAGCCAGGCCAAACCCUCAGGGAUCAUACCAUUAUGGAAAGGUACCAAUAACAAAGAGAAUCGUAUUGGCCAGCUCGCCUGCUUGGAUAAACGGAAAGCAGCGUUACGCAGUUAACCGGGUGUCCUACAUCAACCCCGACACCCCUCUAAAGCUUGCAGAUCACUUCAACAUCCCUGGAGUCUUCAGUGAGAGUACCAUCCAAAUACAGCCCUCUGAUGGUCCUGCAUUUGUUGCUACUUCUGUCAUUCUCACCUCGCUCCACGACUUCAUCGAGAUCGUCUUCCAAAACACCGAGAAUACCAUGCAGUCUUGGCAUCUUGAUGGUUAUGAUUUCUGGGUUGUUGGUUAUGGAUCUGGACAAUGGACAGAAGCCAAGAGAAGGACCUACAAUCUAGUGGAUGCUCUUACAAGACACACUGCUCAGGUGUAUCCAAAAUCUUGGACAGCAAUAUUAGUGUCACUAGACAACCAAGGGAUGUGGAACUUGAGAUCUGCUCUAUGGGAAAGGCAAUACUUGGGACAACAAGUGUAUCUGAAGGUGUGGAACCCAGUCCACAGCCUUGCCAAUGAAUAUGACAUUCCUUCCAAUGUUCUGCUCUGUGGCAAAGCUAUAGGAAGACACCCUUAAUUUGGAGGGUUGUUUAAUUACUUGAGUUAUGUUUUUCAAAGUCAUGAGAGUUUGACUGGGAGGAGUGAACUGAAGUGAGGAGAGAAAAAAAAAUGACAAAAUGGAAAAAAAAAAAAGAAAGAAAAAAGAUUCAUCAUAGAAGUUUGGCUUCUUUAUCUGUAUACCAGAUAAAAUGUUUAGAUUAUAUUUAACAAUUCCUUAUGUUCUUUUUAUAUGAUUCGUGUAUAAAAUCAGCUUAAUAUUUGUGCA